GGCAUGGCAUCGUUGAGGUUGAGCAUUUCACCAAACAGCGCAAAUGCACACAUGCACAUCAAGUCAUUCCGUCCGCACAGCACCAUUGUGCCGAAACAGACAGAUCGACACACAGAGAAAGACUCAACACCACACACACACACUGAAUUAUCCACCAGCCCACCGACCCCCAGCAGGUUGCUUGCAAGAAAGUUACUGUCGAAGAUAGCGCUACAUGAUGUAUGCGGGAAACAUACAUACCGAGAGAGGAGGAUGAAGGAAAAAAGGUGGUGAAAACCUGCACAGCACACGACAUGACAUGACAUGGCGUGACAGACCUACACCACACCCUCGGUUCAAUCGAUCGGCGACAGACAGACACUGACAUACAUAUCACAUCAAUCAAUCGAUCGGGGAGGACGAAAAAAGAAACUCAGCGACGCAAAAUGAGUAGGUCUACACUUACCCACCUGCCCACGCCCCCUCCUUCCACCCUUCCCACACAAAUGCCCCCAACACGAUGCACAGCAGGGCGGCGAAUGCCGCUCUUAGUGUUGGGGGCGACUGCCUCCAUGCGCCGCUUUCUAGUUGAUCGACCUGCUGUGGCUCAUUUGCCAACGCGGAUACGUUCCGCGAUGCAGCCUCUGUGCGGUUGCCGUUUCUCGCCAUCUGCUUCUCAUCCUCCCUCCUCUUGAGCUCGUCCGUGAUGUAUGUGGUGCAUGACUUGGCGAUGGGGACCUUGAACAGUGCCGACACGAGCUUCAGCUGCGACGGAACCGCCUUGGAUGAGUAAUUCACGUACCUGACGACACACAACACAGACACACACACACACACACACGCGUCAAUCCAAUCCCAUCCCCGUCUGGAUGUUGGUGUGAUUCGUGUCGGCUCACCUCUGCGCGACGGGGUUCCAGUACUGAUCAGUCGACGUGCACUCGUCCCCCACUAGGUCGGUUACCGAGCGGCAGAGAACAGGGCAGCCCUUGGCAGCGGCGGAAGGCGCCGGUGUGGGAGCCGACGUCUCACGAGGCUGGAUCAGGUCAGACGCAUUCUCGGCGCACCCAUGUGCCCAUGCCGCACCGGCAAAAGCAGCCAUGGCGCUGGUGCAGACGCCGUCCUUGUGCGUGGCCUGCCAGUCGAGGUUGCAGGUGAUGAAGGAGUCCCUCUCAUUGAUGUUGCCAGCUGGGCUGUAGCCGCAGAUCAAGUUGAAGUAGGCCGAGGCGUCGACGGUGAAGCUGUUGAUGGCCGGGAAGCACGUGGGAGACCUGACUCUCUUGCCCAGGCAGGUCGAUGUGAACUCGUCCCACGCCUCGCGGCACUCGGGGUUGCAUUCGCCCGCAUCAUCGAAGCAGACGCCGCCUUCUCCAGGCCUUCCCAGGCCGGCGUAGAGGCUCGUGCACUCCAGAUCUGUGUCCGAGUCCGUGUUGCCGUUGAUGUCCUGUGCCAGCACCAGAGUGUGGAGGAAAUAUCCACAUAGGCUCAGAGCGAGUAACGACAUGUUUCUUCCACAGCUGGCUGGGCCGGGGUGACGUGCGUUUCCCCGUGCGUCUCUUCUCAUCCGGAUAGCCUUCUUGGGGAGAACGGCUUCACUGCGAGCUCCUAUUCG